AAAUAAGUUGUAAUUGCUUUUUUAGCCGUGAUGUCAGGACGCGGAAAGCAGGGAAGCAAAGCUCGCGCCAAGGCCAAGUCGCGCUCGUCACGCGCAGGCCUGCAGUUCCCGGUGGGGCGAGUGCACCGCCUGCUGCGCAAAGGCAACUACGCGGAGCGGGUGGGGGCCGGUGCCCCCGUGUACCUGGCGGCCGUGCUUGAAUACCUGACCGCGGAGAUCCUGGAACUGGCGGGCAACGCCGCCCGAGACAACAAGAAGACUCGCAUCAUCCCUCGCCACUUACAACUAGCCGUGAGAAAUGACGAAGAACUCAACAAAUUACUCGGGGGUGUCACUAUCGCCCAGGGAGGUGUCUUGCCUAACAUCCAGGCAGUUUUGUUGCCUAAGAAAACGGAGAGUCACAAACCUGGCAAGAACAAGUAAUUCAGAUGGUUGACACCCGUCCUCCCCCCCCCAAAAGGCUCUUUUAAGAGCCACUCGAGUGUCAAAUGAGGGGCUGACCACAACAGCGCAUUAGCUCUUUUUUUGAAAACUUGGGUGGC